CAAUGCUUUUUUGAUUGGGGGAUAUUUUGUUUUGAUUUGCCCCAACUAGACGUGGGCUUCCAGCAGCACGAAAAGGUUAACGAACACUUCUAGCACAGCAUUGCCUUCGCCUCUCUCAGUCUCUCUCUCUCUUUCGCUGUCUGCUUCAUUCUGUUCCACUUUCAGAUUCUGAAUAAAAUAGUAGAUUUUAUCAUCUAGUAUCUUCUACUAUAAUUCAAAUCAAUUUCUAAUUUUUUUCAUCUGGGUCUUCUCCAAAAAUUCAUUUUGGAUUUGAUCCAACGAAAUCAAAUUGCUUAUUUCUUAGAUUGCUUCCGAAUCUCUCUCUCUCUCCUUCUUCUUAAUCUCAAAAUCCUCGGAGUUUUCAUCGUAUGAUAAUAUUGUCUUUCACAGUUGUUCCUUUACGUUUAUUAUAUAUUGUUGGGGGUUGUUUGGAGGAUUAUUAAUGAUGUCUUAUAGCCAUUCAGAUCCACCUUGUAGUUCCUUAUCAAGAGCUUCAAAUGCACAGAGGAUGUACCAAGCUUUGAUUAUCUCUAUUCCUGUCUCCUCUGCUUUUAUCAUCCUCCUCUUCUUCUACUUGUGCUAUCUUCGCCGUCAGAGGGCCUAUUGGUCGUCUAUUCGAAUGCGAGCGUCUUAUGCUGACAACAACAAUGGCAUCUCCAGGUCUGAAUUGGGCAUGAAGAAAGAACUAAGAGAGAUGCUACCCAUAAUUGUGUACAGGGAGAGCUUCUCUAUCAGAGAUACACAAUGCUCAGUGUGCCUUGCGGACUACCAGGCAGAGGACAGGCUUCAACAGAUACCUGCCUGUGGCCAUACGUUUCACAUGGACUGCAUUGAUCACUGGCUCACUACCCAUACCACCUGCCCACUCUGCCGCCUCUCUCUCCUUGCCACCAAAUCUUCAACUGAACUACCGCAUGUACAUGAUGCAUCGAUUCAACAGAGGCCCCAUACUUGGGAAGAAACACAAGCCGUACAAAUAUCUGAAUCAAGCCUUGGAGAUGCGAGACUUCCCCAAAACAAUUCUAAAGAAGAUGCAAGAAACUCUGAUUCUCUUGAUCAUGAGAGAGAAUUUACGGGUUCAAGAUAUGACACUGAGCGACAUGAGCCUAUUGAUGGAUUUUCUGCUUGACCUAUCUCAAGAACUGAGCCAGUAUAGCUGCAAAUGCCAUCAUGAAUCAGACGCUGUCUCUUGAGUCCUGCUCUCCAAGUGGGAUGUUAAAGAGCAAGAACCAAGUCUCAUGAAUUGGCCAGUUUUCCUCUAGAAGGUGAGAAAAAACUAAAUAAAAUGAUUGCUAAUUGAUUAGGAUCUAAGAGAAGUUUAGAACUUUUUGGAAAAAAAAAUCUUGGAUCUUUUGAGAUUAGUCAAAUGCACGGAACUAUUCAGGGUACACAGCAAUCUUGUCUGAUUGAAAAUGAUACCAUGAACGGGAACCAAUUUUACUUGGGAUCGUGAUUCUCAUGUUUAUGUAUGGAGAGCAGCUCUAAUUAGAUCAAUGUGAUGGGCGAACGGUCAAAGGAGUUGUAACUACAUUAGCAUUGAUAAGAGCUACAAUGUCUUGUAAAUGGGAAACCAUGGUUUCAAGAAGAACUUUUGAGCUCUAAUGCAGCUGCUUCUUGUUUGAACGUAAGUAUUGUCUAGAAGGUGCAUCAAUCAACAUCGUCUUGGGUGUAAAGAGAGAGACAGAUGGUAUUAAGGGUACAUUUUGCCACCUAGUGGGCUGUAGUGGUGAAUGAGUAUGGUGAAGCUGUGAUAAGUCUUGGCUCCCUUCCACCACAAAAGAUUAUUGAUUUAUUGCUCAUAUCCCUUCCUCAAGAACAUGGGUCUCCCCAAUGAGGUUUUCACUUGAGACCUAAGGUUAGAGUUUAUGUUUUAUAAAGCUGGUCAUUGUGGCUUAAGGUCAAAGUAUAGAUCUUUAUACUUAAUUUCUAAACAAAGCUUCAUGUGCUAUUUAGGACAAGCAUGUUAUGUUGAAUUGUAUGCAUGUGCCCUCUGAUAUAAGUCAAAGUAAGUACAUUUGCACAUGAUGAUGUUUUAUUUCAACAAUUUGAACCAUAACCUAUCUUGAAUUAAAGGUUUAAUUUAUAAAGUUUCAGUUCCGAGUCAAGGAAAUAAAGUUAUUGAGGUUGGUGCAAUUAUGUGAAAUAUCUUUUUGCAGAUAUGAACCUCUUGAUGACUAGAACUACAGUUCAUGGAAAAUGGCAAAAUGCCUCUUGAGGUGAUGCAAGUAUGCACAAACUUCGAUUUUAUGCUUUUGGAGCCUACCCUUUUGCACCCAAAUGAUCGUCAUCAGCUGCAGAAACUCCUAUUAUGCUAAGUGAGAAAAGGCUAUUAGGCUUAUCUAGGAAAGGAAAUAAUGCUAGAAACCAACUUUUUUUUUUUUUUUCCUAUUGCUAAAUAACUUAUUUUCUUUUCUUUUCUUUUCUUUUUUUCACAAAAAAUUCAAAUAUCAUUUCAUUUUUAUAUUACAUCAAUAACUUUUUAUUAUUAUUCAAAUAAAAAACUUUUUACCAAAUAGGCCCGUUAUUCACUUGUUACAUGACAAGAAGCAUUUAUCUCGGGUUUUGAUAUGAAAUACUUGGGUAAUGUAACACCUCCAAUUUGUUAGGGUUAGGUUUAUUAAUUAAAAAGCUUAUGAGGUGCAAAUGUCAUAAAUAUGAAUAAAAAAGAGUACUUAAUAGCACAUUAAUAGCACAUCACAUGCAUGGAUUUUAAAAACCUUUAUUAAACAUAAAUGUGAAAACCUAAAAUCUAGGUGAUGGAUUAAUUUCUAGAUGCACUCAUGUACUUAUAAAGUAAACCACCUCUACAUAUGCCCAAAACUUUAUCUUUAUUUAUUUUUAAUAUAAUAAAAGAUAUAUAUAUUUUUAACAUGUGGCAUAUGACAUGUUAAAACUGUUUACGCGGCAUUAACGAGGGUAUUACCACCUAAUU